CAAGAAGUUAAAAGAACAUACAACAUUGCCUGGAACUGAAACCAAAGUAGCAAGUUCACAGCUCCAUCUUUCUUCUGCAUUUUCCCCCAACGGUCACCUUCACCAUUUUCAGCACAGAGAUACACAUCACAAAGCUCUCAGAGCAAGGAAGCAUUAAACAAAAAUGCCAGACCAACCAACCAUCCAUCACAUGUUUCCUUCUCAAAACCACACAAUAUAUUAUCAAAACACUAUUCAAUAAAAAUAGAAAAGAAUAACACUUUCCCCAGCAGCUGCAGUAACUUCCCAUUCCAGCUUUUCCAUUUUUUUGUUUUUUGUUUGCUUCCCCAUAAAUCGUUUUUGGGCUUUGGAAGCGAAAAGUCGCCAUAGCCAGAAUCAGCUCAGAGAUCCCAACACAACCCAGAAAGCUGAAACCCCAAUGAAGAAUCACAUUAUCACUACCAUUUGAGAGCUGUGGACUCCAUAACCCAGCUGGCCAGCUUAUCAUUUUUCCUUCUCUUUUAUCACAUUUCCCCUGUCUUCGUCGCCAUUGGCGGUAGUGAAGUUACUUACUGCGGCGCUUUGCUCGUCCUUUUCCUUCGCCUUUUACUCAUUUUCCCAGGAAAAAGGGGUCUAGUCCUUUCUUUUCUUUUCCUCCCUUUGUCCUUGUUCUCUGCUACUGCUAUUUUCUCCGCAACCAAACAAGUUGAUGAAAAUGGGGAGAAGGGUCGGUGUCUGAUUUUUGUUUCCGGUCUUCUCUGUCAGUUAAAUUUGUGUCCCGUGAAAGCUUCCCAUUGCCUCUGUUGAGCUAAAAACCAUGGUGGUUUCCUUUACAAUGAGCUAGGCUGCUGCAUCCAUUAGUCCUUUGAGAUUUCUCCUUAGGGUUCUGUUCUGUUUUGAGAGAUUUGUCUAAUCUAGUAGAGUUUUUACCUCUAAGAUGUUUGGCUUCUCCAAGAAACGUAUGAAGCUUGGCAGGGUGAAGAAGGUACAGCUAUCUGAUUCUAUCUCUACGCCAGGAGCUAGAAGCCCCAUUAGACCUCCAAAAAGAGCUCCAAACCCUCCUGUUCAUAAUGAUGGAGGUGGUGCGGCCACAACAAGCCAUUGUGAUGAUCAGCUUGACUGUGAAUGCCAAAAGUCAGCUCACCCAGCAGCUGAUAUUGGCAGCUCAACUUCAGGGAACUCUGAGAAUUGGAUGGUUCUGUCUAUUGCUGGAGACAAACCAGCUCCUAGGUUCAAUCAUGCAGCAACUGUAAUUGGCAACAAAAUGAUAGUGGUUGGUGGUGAAUCUGGAAGUGGUUUGUUGGAUGAUGUCCAGGUGCUUAAUUUUGACCAGUUUACAUGGACCACCGUUACAUCCAAGCUUUACCUUUCACCAAGCAGCCUGCCAUUGAAGAUCCCUGCAUGCAAAGGCCACUGUUUGGUACUGUGUGUUUCUUGGGGUAAAAAGGCACUUCUAAUUGGAGGGAAAACUGAUUCUCCAAGUGAGAGAAUUUCAGUGUGGGCAUUUGAUACAGGAAGUGAAUGUUGGUCUCUUAUGGAAGCCAAAGGCGACAUACCGAUAGCUCGCAGCGGUCACACUGUGGUCAGAUCGAGCUCCGUACUAAUCCUAUUCGGUGGUGAAGAUUCCAAGAAGAGAAAACUGAAUGAUCUACACAUGUUUGAUCUCAAGUCUCUUACAUGGCUUCCCUUGCACUGCACUGGAGCAGGACCUUCCGCUAGAUCGAACCAUGUAGCUGCUCUUUGUGAUGAUAAGACCCUUCUCAUCUUUGGAGGGGCAUCAAAGUCGCGUACCUUGAAUGAUUUGUAUUCUCUCGACUUCGAAUCGAUGGUAUGGUCGAGGAUAAAGAUUAAGGGUUUCCAUCCAUCACCUAGAGCUGGUUGCUGUGGAGUUCUUUCUGGAACCAAGUGGUACAUAGCUGGUGGAGGAAGCAGAAAAAAAAGACACUCAGAGACCUUGAUUUUUGAUGUUCUGAAAGUAGAAUGGUCUGUUGCCUUUGCAUCACCAUCUUCUUCUAUCACAACCAAUAAGGCAAGUAGUCAAGGAUUCAGCCUAGUGCUUGUGCAGCAUAAAGAGAAAGAUUUCCUAGUUGCGUUUGGAGGAUCCAGAAAGGAGCCUUCUAAUCAGGUUGAAGUAAUGGGUUUGGACAAGCAUGAAUCAUCAAUGUCUCGGAGGUCUGGUAAAGGUCCUCUUGGGGACUCUCAGCGUUCAGUUGACUCUGUUGCUAGACAGAACUUGGCUUCUGCAAUCGAGCAGCAUGGUUCUGGUAGAAAAUCUGUGUCGGAGUCCGCAAUCAUGGAUUCAGGUUGUGCCUCUGGAAAUGUCUCCCUCAGAAAGCAAUUUCACGAGGAAGAACACAAGAGAGUUGUCAAGAUGGUUAAGAGCUCAGAUGAAGGAAAUGUGACGUCUCCGGGGAAAGAACAGCAAAUGAAUCAACCUAACACAUCCGUUCAGACUUAUAACCAGCUGGGCAAAAUCAUCAGUGAGGAUAAAUCUUGUGUCUAUGGUAGUUCAUCAGACCUUAGAGUUGACACUGAGCGAGUGGCAGUUCCAGAGACUACUGACUUCCCUUCCGGAGGGCCGCACUCGAGUGUCUAUCAACUGUAUGAAUCCAAAAUAGCUACUUUAAUAAAGAAGAACGGAGUACUAGAAGGACAACUCGCGGCAGCAUUGGCAGGUCAAGAGGUGGCUGAGAAGGGUUUCUCUGCGGUCGUGAAGAGCAAGCAAGAUGUGGAGAAGAAGUUGGCGGAUGCUUUAAGGGAAGUGGAGUUGCUGAAGGAGAAGAUGACUAGUUUGGAGAUGGCCCAUGAAGAGGCCAACAGCAUGUCGAAUAUCGUCCAUUCGGACAACGUGAGGCUUGAACACGACGUGGCUUUCCUCAAGGCUGUUUUCGAUGAUACCCAGAAGGAGCUGCAUUCGACUAGGGGAGUACUAGCUGCAGAAAGGGCAAGAGCGUUUCAGCUUCAGGUAGAGGUGUUUCAUCUGAAACAAAGGUUGCAGUCUUUGGAGAACCGAGCUCCGACUCCUAGGAAACCGUACCAUGUUUAGAAGGCAGAGGAAACAGUAGCUUUUUGUAACUUGAUUCUGUAUAUAGGGGUACUAAAAAAACCCUAAUUCACGCUUCUGUUUCUACAGCCAAUUGUAUUUGAAAUUAGGUUAGAAUGGCAACCAAGCAUGUUACUAAUGCAGAAGUGAAGAUCUUUCAUUUCAGUGCUUAGCUUUAUCCAGUUCAAAUUGAAGUUAAUUAAUGUUUUUGACAGUUAUGGUGAAGUCCCUUCAGUUGAAGUUCUCUUUCUUGUAGAGUGGAAUGUAAAAUUAAGUAAAACAAAAGCGCACAACAAUGUUAACAUGAAACUACCAGGAUGAAUGAUGUUGUUUAGCU